ACGUCAUAGAUUUCAUAUCGUUCAGAAUCGACUCGUCUGACGAGCACCCAUAAUAAAAGCAAUAGCCCAUCGCCAUGCAUUUUCCAAGUGACAACAAGCUUCUUCGUUUCUUGGCAGCCCGCAAUCUUCUCUUGCGCAAAAAAGUCUAAUAUCGGUUGUUGGCUAGUUGCCUUUGUUGUCACCUCUUUACCAUGCCAUCGAUGCGAUUACCACGCGCGUUUCGCCCCCCAGCGCAGAUCAACGCGGAAGAGGGCACAAACGGUCACCCAGAAACCGGGCGCGGAAAAACCGCGCCAACUGAAGUGGAAAAUGAAAAGAAAUCCCAAGAGCCUAACAAGGAGCCGGUAGGCUUCUGGCACCCAGAUCUUCGACAAGUCCGCAAUCGCGCAUUUGCGAAAUGGAUCAUUACAACUGCGUUUCUCAUGGCAUUCAUUCUCGCUGUUCUAUCGAUAUACUGGGGCGUCUUCUUCCAAGUGGAGCAAAGACUCGAUCACUUGCUGGUCUAUGUUGUAGACAUGGAUGGCGCUGCACCCUACGAUAAUACUGGGAAUGCGCCAUUUGUCGGACCGACCAUCACACAACUUGUUCAACAACAGUUAAGUAGUGGCCAGCCAACACUAGGAUGGGGGAUCCGUCCAGCCUCAGACUUCAACAAUGAUCCAAUGCGUGUUCGGGAGGCAGUGUACGAGUGGGAUGCCUGGGCCGCCAUUAUCAUCAAUCCGAAUGCUAGCGCUCUGCUGUACUCUGCCAUUGCGAACGGAAACUCAUCUUACGAACCCCUUGGAGCUUGCCAAUUGAUCUACCAGGAUUCGAGAGACGACACGAACUGGUACGAUUUCAUGCUGCCACUCAUCAGUGCCUUCAUGACGGAAGCGCAGAGCAUGGUCGGCAGACAGUGGGCGCAGAUGGUACUUCAAAACGCCAGCGACUCAUCUAUCCUAUCGAACAUGCAAAGCGUGCCGCAAGCAAUCAACCCUGCAAUCGGAUUUUCUGAAUUCAAUCUUAGGCCCUUUUUCCCUUAUACUAGCAUCCCUGCUGUUUCUAUAGGACUCAUUUACCUCAUCAUCAUAUCCUUCUUCAGCUUUUCCUUCUACAUGCCCAUCCACAUGCAAUACGUCACGCCUACUAACCACCCGCCGCUGAAAUUCUUCCAGCUAAUUAUCUGGCGCUGGUGUGCUACUAUCUCGGCGUACUUCAUGCUCUCCCUCGCUUAUUCGUUCGUCAGCAUGGCUUUUCAAAUCAAUUUUUUCCACACCAACUCGAUAACUAGUCAUACACAGGCUACCGUCGAGAGCGAAGGCAACCCAGUUGCUUUUGGACACGCAACGUUCGUUGUGUACUGGAUGCUGAACUUUCUCGGUAUGAUUGCGCUGGGUCUGGCGUGUGAGAAUGUUGCUAUGGUUGUGGGUAUGCCGUGGAUGGGCCUAUUCCUGAUCUUCUGGGUUAUCACGAAUGUUUCUACUUCGUUCUACGACAUUGAGAUUGCGCCGGCAUUUUAUAGGUGGGGAUAUGUGUGGCCGCUGCAUUCAAUUGUCGAAGGAAGUCGCUCGAUUCUGUUCGACCUACACUCGCGUCUUGGUCUGGACUUUGGCAUUCUAAUCGCAUGGGGAGCAGUGAAUACAUUGUUUUUUCCUUUCUGCUGUUAUUUCAUGCGAUGGAAAAAUCAGAAGGGAAUACAUGAGUACUGGCCUUUGGACUAAAAAUGGGUUGAGAAAGCCCAGCGAUCUUGAGCAAUUGCUUGCUGGACUAUGAAAUAACAGCUCUUCAUUUUUAUGUAAUACCAUGCACAUUUUUGUAUCGUCCAGGUUCCAUGAUUAGCGCAAUUAUGACCAUCACGAAUUUUCUAGUAAUUGGAAGAUCUCGACGACUCUAAUAUCUCUUGAACAGCCACCAUGAAU